UCCACAAGAUUCCGAUUUUUGUUUUCCGACUUCCCCAAGGGUCGGCCUUGGCUUUUCUCUUCCCACACUCUCCAACUUCUAUCUCUAUCUGUCUCUCUCUCUCUAUUCACACCUUUUCUCUAAGUAACUACUUCAUUUCUCAACUACAUGGCCAUCAUGGACUGCAUUUCUAGUGCACCCAUUCCUUCACCAUCUCCACCCUCCAAAAAAGAUGAAGACUGCAGUGGACCACACCACAACCAUGAUCAACCUCUCAUCUUCGAUGCAGCCCGACUUCGCUACGAAACCAACAUACCCGUCCAAUUCAUUUGGCCUGAAGAAGAGAAGCCGUCUCUCAAAGCUGAAGAACUACUCGUUCCACUCAUCGAUCUCCAAUGCUUCCUUGGAGAGUCCUCUGACGAAGCAGUCAGACUAGCCGGAGAAGCGUGUCGGAAACAUGGAUUCUUUCAAGUCAUCAACCAUGGCGUUGAUGCUCGCCUCAUCAACGAGGCUCACCGCUGCGUAGACUACUUCUUCACAAUGCCGCUCACCGAGAAAAUGAGAGCUCAAAGAAAACCCGGAGAGAGUUGUGGGUAUGCCAGCAGCUUCACUGGCAGAUUCUCCUCCAAAUUACCAUGGAAAGAGACCCUAUCUUUCCAAUACUCCCCUUCGCCGCAAGACGACCUUCAAUUUCAUAACGGAAGACCAGUAGUCGAGGACUACUUCAUCAAUGUCUUGGGUGAUUCUUUCCAUCCAUUUGGUGUGGUAUACCAACAGUACUGUGACGCGAUGUCUAGUCUUUCUCUUCGGAUCAUGGAGCUUCUUGGAUUGAGUCUUGGAGUGGGCCGGAUGCAUUUCAGAGACUUCUUUCAAGGGAAUGACUCGAUAAUGAGACUUAACUACUACCCACCAUGCCAGAAACCAGAUCUCACUCUUGGAACCGGACCGCACUGUGACCCCACCUCUUUAACCAUUCUCCACCAGGACUCAGUCGGUGGUCUACAGGUCUUCGUUGAUGAUGAAUGGCGGUCUAUAAGCCCAAGAACAGAUGCUUUCGUCAUCAACAUCGGCGAUACCUUCAUGGCGCUAUCGAAUGGGAGAUUCAAGAGCUGCUUACACAGAGCGGUUGUGAAUAACGAGACGCCGAGAAAAUCUCUAGCUUUCUUCCUAUGUCCUGAGAUGGAGAAGGUGGUGAAUCCGCCGAGUAGGCUUGUGGAUGGGCAGCACCCAAGGAAGUACCCGGACUUCACAUGGUCGGCUCUGCUUGACUUCACACAGAAGCAUUACAGAGCAGAUAUGAAGACGUUGGACGCAUUCUCCAAAUGGCUUCUUGAAAAUCAAACAUCCACAACUACAACCACACCGGAGAGUGCUACUACAGCGACAACUACAGCCAUCCCCAUCAGCUCUUCUUUCUGUCGUGGUCUUCAGAAAACGACCGGAGGGAACGAGUGAGAAUAAACAUCCGAGUAGCAACCGGGACAAAAAACAAGGGCUGGGAUCAAUCCAAAAGAGUAGCUGUCAGUGAUAGAGAAAGGUGGAUUUGAAAAGGAGAGGAAAGAUUUCAAGAAGAAAGAAAUAAGAGAGAGAAA